UAACAAUUUUCGACGUGAUGUGAUGUGCAUUUUCUCUCAUAGUUUUGUGCUUAACCAUGUAAAUUAAAAUAUAAUUAGCAAGUAGUGAAUAAACAUUAAGAAUAAGUGCAAAGUAAACAUAAUGCCCAAUAAGUAUAUAAAACCCUAAUGUAAAAGCCAAGAAUCGAUUUCUUACUAUUAACUACUCGUAAACAAUUAACUUAUAAUCAAUAUAGGAAUUAGACGAGCAAUCAAGACAAGGAUCAGACGCAGCACCCGACACAUGAAUGAGUAACCAGCCGAAGAGCCGAAGUCGAAGCCCCAACGAGUAAACGAUUCCCACGAUCCAUGGCUGCUGAAAAGGAGAUGCUGGCCCACGACAUGGUCCGAAGACGGAACUGGGCCCGGGCUGUGGCACUCUACGAUCAGCUGAUUUCAGCAGCGCCUGGAUCGGCACAGGCGACGCGGGCGCAGAAGGAUCAGCAGAUUGCCUGCCUGCUGGGCCGCUGCGAGUGUCUGCUGGAGCUGGGCAAGUACGAGGGCUGCCUGGCCGAUGCCUACAAGGUACUCACGCUGCUGGCCGAGCAGACAGAGUGCUUGGCCAGUGUCUCGCGCGCCCGUCGCUGGCUCGUCCAUGCUCUGUUCAAGAUGCACAAGUAUGGGGAUGCCGAGAUUUUUUUGAGCAAGUGGAUCAACGAGCUGAGCGGCCAGCAAAUAUUCUCGGACAUAUCCAAGACCCUGGAGCGCUACAAGUCCAUCAUCCAGAUGAUUAUGAAUGGGCAGCACAAGGCCCAGGCGCAGAAGAUACCGCAUGCCCGACUGGAGGACGAAAUGGCCAUACUGGACACCAAGCUGGACCACUGGGCUACCAACAAUCUGCCCCUGGACAAGUACAGCAAGCUGCUCAGCAACAAGGGUCUCAAAAAGCGCGAACAGCAGCAGCAACAACAGCAGCAGCAGCAAAAUGGAACUGGCAGCGGUAGUGGCAGCUAUGCAAGCAGCAGUAGCAGCAGCAGCACUGGCAGCAGCAGCACCAUGUCUAGUUCCAACACAAAUCUGCACAAGACCAACGACCUGUUGGCGGCCAUGAAGCUCACGGCUGGCAAGCACCAGCCGGCGUUGGCAGAUGGCCCCAGCCUUGAUGCGGCAUCCGGCGGGGAUCAGGCGGCUCCCUCGACCACAUGCAGCUACUGCGCCAUCAAUUUCCUGACGAGGAACGAGCUGCGACAGCACUGCCAGACCGAAGCCCAUCAAAAGGUGAUCAUGAGCGAUGAGGGACGAGACUGGAAAUGGCGACCGCCACCCCGCGGCUACACCCUGGACACGUACAGUUUGUGCGAGGCGUUCAGCGAUGCGCACACCUGCCACUAUGGGGCCCAGUGUGUGGAGGCGCACGGCCAGGACGAGUUGAACGAGUGGAAGGAGCGGUUUGAGUACCGGCGCAUGCGGGUGCAGAAGGCCUGCGAGAAGGAGCUCUACGGCAAGUCGUACACGGAACAGGUGCUGGAGCGAUGGAUCCAGGCGACGGCGCCGGAGCGGAUUAUGUGCGAGCGAGUGCCGGAGAUAGAGGCCAAGUGCGAGCAGCAGCUGGUGACCAGCAUCAGCUCGAAGACCUCCAAGCGCGAGUGGCUUUUCCAGCUGGAGACGAAGCAGCCGCUCAAGGCGGUGGCCCUGCUGCAGGAUGCCCAUCGCAAUCACUUUGCGCUCAAGUCGAUCAAGCUGGGCACGGCCUCGGCCUCAGCCUCGGCCCAAGUGGAGCUCAAGUCUGACCAAGAGUGGGUGGCAGCUGCAACAGUCGCCGCCACCGAAGCACAGCCAGCGGAAGGAGGAGAGGAGGAGUCGCCGCAGCGUGCGACGCUGAUCCACGAAGUAACCGUAGAAUUUCAUACGGAAAUCUAUGGAACGUUUCGGCAGGCCAUCUGCUUCGAUGUGGGCCAGGAGCCGCUGCUGGUGCGGCACCUGUGCGUGGACGUUCUGCCCGUGAACGAUGCGGAGAAGAUCGAGGAGAUCAAGCGUGAUAUAAUCAACAGCUCGGCCACCCGCUGGGACGUGGCCAACACCCAGCUGACUCGCUUCGAGACCACCAUCGGCACCCACCUGAAAACCGAGGCGUAUCUCAGCGAUCUGGACCACGAGCGGGAGCUGCUCGAGCGCUAUCCCUGUCCCCUGGCGGCCACCUUCACCCUCACCCAGUCCACGAUCGUGGAGAAGCGUCUGACGCAGAACAACUAUCGGUCCCGCAUCCACGAGCUGCUAUACGUGGAGGAGAUUGCCCGCUACGAGCAGAUAGCUCGCUACAAUGUCCGCACGAAGCUCACAGUGGCCUCCAACUACAUUCUGACGCCCGCGGGGAUGGCCACCAGCACGGCCAAGUACUCGCUGGCCGGGGAACUCUUUGCCUUAAUGCGGCUGGGCAAGGACAUAUCGGAGGACACCUCGCCGGGACGCCUCAUCCUCUCCAACUGCUGCAGCGUGUACAUCUCGGCGCCGGAGGAGCCCGGCAGAAAGCUUUCCGUUCCCUCCGGCUCCGCCUCCGUCUCUGAGCAGACGCGACCUGUAUACGAGGCCCUCAUCGAGGACAAGGGCAAGAACGUGAUCUACUUGAAGCUGUCGGCCAAGUGCGUGGAGGCCAUGGCCCUGCAGGCGGACACCGAGCUGGACGUGGACAUCCAGUUCCAGCUAAACCGCAUGCCCUACUGCGAGUGGCACAACGCCGUCGACAAGAUCACCGACUUCCGCCUGAUCUUCCCCGCCACGGAGCUGGAACCGAACAUCCCCUGGACGCCCAAGAAGCAGUGGGCCGAUGCCUGCGAGCCCAAGCUGAAUGCCAAGCAGCGGGAGGCGGUCAAUGCCAUCACCACGGCGCUGAGCAUCAAGCUGCCGCCGAUCCUCCUGAUCGGACCCUUUGGCACGGGCAAGACCUACACGCUGGCGCAGGCCAUCAAGCAGCUGCUGGCCCAGCCGGAAGCCAAGAUACUCAUCUGCACGCACUCCAACUCGGCGGCGGAUCUGUACAUCAAGGAGUACCUGCACCCGUGGAUCGAGGAGGGCCUGGAGGAGGCCACACCGCUGCGCGUCUACUACCACAAGCGCUGGUCGGCGACAGUUAACGGCGUUGUCCAGAAGUACUGCAUCACGGACGGCGUGGGCAACUUUAAGCGACCCACGCUGGAGGACAUCAUGCGGCAUCGCAUUGUGGUCGUGACGCUCAGCAUCAGCAUGGAGCUGGCCACGCUGGGGCUGCCCAAGGGACUGUUCACGCACAUCUUCCUCGACGAGGCGGCCCAGGCCAUGGAGUGCGAGGCCAUUAUGCCGUUGGCCCUGGCCAACGACUCCACGCGCAUCGUCCUGGCCGGAGACCACAUGCAGAUGAGUCCCGAGCUGUUUUCGGCCUUUGCCAAGGAGCGCAAGCUGCACAUCUCGCUGCUGGAGCGGCUUUACGACCACUACCCCUCCAAUUUCCCCUGCAAGAUCCUGCUGUGCGAGAACUAUCGCGCCCACGAGGCCAUCAUCCGCUUCACCUCGGAGCUAUUCUACGAGCAGAAGCUGGUGGCCUCCGGCAAGCAGCCGCGCCACGAGCGCUUCUACCCGCUCACCUUCUUCACCACGCGGGGCGAGGAUGUGCAGGACAAGAACUCGACCGCCUUCUACAACAAUGCAGAGGUCUACGAGGUCGUCGAGCGGGUCUCGGAGCUGCGGAAGCGCUGGCCCAGCGCCUGGGGCAAGCUCAACGACACCAGCAUCGGCAUCAUGACCCCCUACGCGGACCAGGUGUUUCGCAUCCGCUCCGAGCUGCGCAAGCGCCGCAUGGGCGGCAUCUCCGUGGAGCGCGUGCUCAAUGUCCAGGGCAAACAGUUCCGUGCCGUCUUCCUGUCUACGGUGCGGACUAGGCGCACCUGCAUGCCGCAGGGCAGCGGCCCUGGGGUUUCCUCCGCCGCCAGUAUCGGAGACGCCGACACGGACUACGGCUUCCUGAGCAACUCGAAGCUCCUGAACACGGCCAUCACCCGCGCCCAGUCACUCGUAGCGGUCGUGGGCGAUCCCGUGGCCCUCUGUUCGAUCGGACGCUGCCGCAAGGUCUGGGAGCGCUUCAUCGAGAUUUGCGACGAGAACAAGUCCCUGUUUGGCCUGACCUGGUCUAACCUGCGCUCCCAGCUGGACGGAGUGGAGCUGAAGCGCGGGUACGUGCUCAAUCCCUUGGCCCCAGAGUUCGUUCCGCGAGCACUGCAGCCGGAGGCCUAUUUGCGGGACCAGGCGGCCCUCUAUCUGAACGGACCCCAGCACGGACACGGAAGUCAUGGCCCUCCGGGUCCACCGGCCCACUAUGCAAGCGCAGCCGGGAUGCUGGGACCUGGGCCGGCGGCUGCUCAUCAGAUGAACCAGAUGGCCGCUGCUAUGGCUGCCAACCAGCAGCUCUCGCUCUCCCACAUGUACUCCACCCACAUGGCGGCCAUGAUGGCAGCGGCAGCCGCCGUGGGCGGGGGCAAAUCUGCAAACGGCCCGGGUCCGGGUCCACCUCCUCACUACGGUGGAGGAGGACACAUGGGCAUGCGAGGACCGCCACCCAAUGGUGCGCCACAGCCGCCGCAUCUGCGGGGAAUGCCCGGUCCUGGACCGCCAGGACCUCCUCCGCCAGGUGGACCUCCACCGCCGCCCUAUGGCCAGUACGCAGCCAUGCAGCACUGGCGUCCGCCCAUUGCACCGCAGCAGCAGCCGGGCGGGCAGGGGCCAGGACAAGGGCAGCCGCAGAAUCCGAAUGCCAGUCUCUGGGGACCACCGCCGCAGACGAAUCCUUGGAGCGUGCUGCCCCCCAACAAGCAGCAACAGCAGCAGCCACCGGUAGCUGCUCCAGGACGAGGACCAGGUCCGGGAUCCCUGCAACCGCCGCCACCCAAUGCGAAUCCCUCGCUGCCGUUGCGGGGCGGAAGCGUUCCACCACCGCCACCCAAUGCUCCGCCCGCUGCCCAGCUGCUGCGCAAUCCCAGCGAACUGGGCUACUUGGCCAAGAAAACACUCUACAACCAUGGCCAGGCGCAGCCUCCGCCGCCACCGCCCCACCACCUGUACGGGCCACCACAACAGCAGCAGGCCCCGCCACCAAUGCAGGGCAUGCAAAGGGGCAGCAGCGUGCCCAAUGGACCCAUGAGUCCCAUGGAGAACGGACCACCGCUGCCCUAUCUGAGGCACAAUGGCAGCGGAUACAACAGCUACGACAAGCCGUUGGUUCCGCCCCAGCAGCAGCAACAGCAGCAGCAGCCGCCCUUCAUGUAUGGAGCGAAGCAGCCAUCCCCUAGUUCGUUGCGCUUUGGUCCUCCCUCGCACGACCUGCUGCCGCCGAAUGUGAGCAUCUAUGAGAUGGCGUUCAACCCCAAGGAGGAGCAGUACAAGUGGUACCUCAAGCUCCUCGAGACUGUCGGCCAGGAGGGGGCCAACAAGUUCGCGGACAUGCUGCGCCAGGUGAUGGCUACCCUUCAGCAGCAGCAACAGCAGCAGCAGGGACAUCAGCAGCAACUCAAGCAGCCCCCCCAUCAGCAGAUGGUGAACAAUCCGAUGCUGAACAAUCCCCAUGUAAUGGGCGGCGGCGGAGGAGGAGGGCAGGCUCAGCGGCCGCAGUAUCCCAUGAUGUAUCCCCAGAACCAGCCGCAGCAGGUGGAGGCGCCGCCGCUGGAGAACUUCAAUCACCAAAUCGAUUUGGUCUUCAACUCGAUCAUGAACGGAGCCAACGAUAUUGCCCAGCCCAUACUGAGAGAUGUGCUGGGCAUGGUGGCUGGCACGGCAAGUGCUCCUGGUGCGGGACCUUCUCUAACCAAUGGAUUGAACGCCCUCGAACUGCAGCAGCAACAGCAGCAGCAGAGUCGCCUCUUUGCCAUGAUGCAGCAGCAACAGCAGCAGCAACAACAACAGCAACAACAACAACAACAACAACAGCAACAACAGCAGCAGCAGCAGGCGAAGAUACCACCUGGUCCAGGACCGGGUCUGUAUGCCGGUCAUCUAGCUGGUGGGCCGCCACAGGCAGGAGGCCCAGGACCAGGACCUGGACCUGGACCUGUACCACAUCAGCCUCCGCCCAAUAGCAGCGCCAACAGCUUGGGCGGCGGCAAUUCGAACUUUAUGGCUGGCAAUCCUCUGCUAAAUGACAAGCCUUACAACAACCUGAACAUGCAUAAUAACGUGGGAUCGAACAACUCUGGAGUUGCUGGAGUUCCCGGCACCAAUGGACUGUUGAGCAAUGGAAACUCAGUUCCGCUUUACCGACGUCAGGCCCUGACCGGGAAUGGAAUUGGCAUUGGCAUUGGGAACAGCUACAACAACAUGCCCGGACUGGACACGGGCACCAAUCUGAUAGAGGCCCUGUUCCACGCCAACAACGCUGUGGCGGAUCACUCCGUGAAGACAUCCGACCAUGUGCAGGGCCUGCUGUACAACAAUUUUAGUGCGCUGAAGGGCGGCCACGAAAUGGACGUGUUCCAGUCCAUGCCGCUGGCAGUGCCACACUCUGAGGCCAACAACCAUCAUCAUCAGCAGGCCUCUUCCGCAGCCACCACCUAUGCGGCGGUGUUGAGUCAGGGCCCACAGGCGGCAUCGGCGGCUGGUGGAGUGGGAGUGGGGCAGACGCAGUCGCAGCCCGCACCAACGGCCAAAUCCUCGCAGGCGGGCAGCGAGAUGCUGGAGAAGGAUCCCUUCGCGGCCAUACGGGAACUCGGCCAGGCCACAACCGGAUUCUACAACUAUUUUCAGUGAGGCACGGGGAACGGACGACCUCCUUUUGUGGCAUCAAAGGGUCUUAAACUAAAA